AUGGCGACCGCCAUGGUAGAAGGAAAAGACAUUGAGAAACCCCAGGCUGAAGUUUCCCCAGUACAUCGCAUCCGUAUUACAUUGACAUCUAGAAAUGUCCGGUCCCUUGAAAGGGUCUGCCCGGAUCAAUUAAUGGUGCCAAAAAGGAAAAGUCCAGUCCGUAUGCCAACCAAGAUCUUCAGAAUAACAACGAGAAAGACACCUAGCGAUGAAGGUUCCAAAACAUGGGACAGGUUCCAAAUGCGGAUACAUAAAAGGGUCAUAGAUCUUCACUCACCAUCGGAGAUUGUGAAACAGAUUACUUCCAUCAGUAUUAAGCCAGGUGUCGACAUUGAAGUGACCAUCGCUGAUGUAUUGGUACAGCUGCCAAUAAAUUAUUUGUAA